AUUUCCUCUUAAGUGCGAAUCGGAAGCCAACUUCAGCGUCGUACCCCACGGACGGUGCGAUUCUAACGCGGUGAAGCAAGAACAGGAAGACAAGGCGAUCCGUGACCUGACAGUUUCCCCACCCCCCAACCCCUGGACCUCUCUUCAGUACAGGACGGGGUUGUUUCUUGAACGUGUUUUUACUCUUUGGACUAUAGACCGGCAAGAUUACACAACCUCUGAUGGGAAUAAAGGUCCCAAAAAAAGGGGGCAACGAGUCUGGAAGAACCAUUAAUAUAUUUUCAUAUUGAGAUCAGUGGUUCCCAAACUGUGGGUCAGGGGCCCAAUUUGGACCGGAAGGACAUUUGUAUUUGUUUAUGCUACUAAACAAAUUUUUGGGAAUAAUUUUGCAGUCCCCCGCCACCAUUAUGCUUCUUAACUGCGAUCAUCCUUUAACUCUUUUGAGUUAUUCAGACGUGCCGCCCCGUGUCAUCGAGAACUUCAUCCUCACCGGAUACCGUUUCCCCAACUACAGCUUCCGGGAUUGCAUCCUUUCGGCGUUCCGGCCCACCAAUGAAACGGGUAACUUCUGGACGCACUUCCUCCCCGUGUUUGUGUUUGCGUACUACUUCGCCGAGGUGUUUGACUGGGAGGGGGUGCCGUCCGGGGAUCAUCCAUUCUUCUACCCGCUUUGGAACUACUUCCUGUGUGUUUCCUCUCUGCUGAUGUGUAGCAGCUUGGCCCACUUGCUUAACGCCAUGUCGGUGGUGGUGAGAGAGGUGUGCUUCUUUGUGGAUUACGGGACCAUUAGCGCCUACACGGUUGGAUCAUCCUUGGCGUAUCACUACUACAUCCACCCCAGGCCAGGGGUAGUUGAGACUAAGGGGAACACCACCCACAACGGGGUCCUGGAAUCUUCAGAGUUUAAACUGUUCUUUGAAACCCUUUACAUCCCGAGCGCUUGUGUUGUGGCGGUUAUUUGCCUCCUGUUCUGCUGCAACACACGCCAAAAGUGGAGGCACCACCGCUACAUUAUCCGUACCCUUGUGUUCCUCCUCCCGUUUCUGGUGUCAUCCACACCCAUUUUUUAUCGCCUCAUCCAAUCACCGUACUCCACUGCAUCAGUCUUUUUUUAUCGCCACUGCCUCUGGCUGCUGGCAUCAGCCGUGUUCAACAUCAGCAAGGUCCCCGAGAGGUUGGCGCCGGGUCACUUUGACAUCUGGGGUCACAGCCACCAGUGGUUCCACUGCUGCACAUUUUUAUCUAUCCUUGACGAGUUACACAUGAUCAAGUCAGAGGUGAGGGUCAUCCUGGUCGGCUCCGCAGCCCUGCCGCCUGGCCCCACGGUGGCGGCUACGUAUGGGGUCAUGCUCUUUCUGCAGACGACCAUCUUGUCAAUUAUAGUAGCUUUUUCUUGGCAUGCUAACUGUAUUUAUGGACCUCUCAGGGAUCAACUAGCAACGAAACAACAGAAAUGUCACUGAGUAUUUUAGGCUUUAUCCAUAUGUAGAAUGUUGAAUAAAAACAUUAAGCCACAAUGUUUUCCCCUGAUGCUGUACUUUUAGCCGCAUGCCACUUAUGAUCAAUAGGUAGAGUGCAUUUGCAAUUUACUGCAAGCCCUCUUUCCCUCAACCUCAACACACACUCCCACAACUGUUGUGUUUACAAAUGUUUUUUUUUCAAUUGAAAACCAUAUACAGUCAUCUCUUGCUUUUUUGUUGUUUUUUUUACAUUUGACUUUAUGUACUUUUUUCUUUAAUUGCAGCAUGUUCCAAAAAAGAAAAUAUUAUGCAACUUGGGUCCUCAGUAGGCAGCUCGGGACCCACAUUCCACCAACUGAAGCUUUUUAUUUGGCCCGCCCUUCAACUAAAGAAGUGCUUGUACAUGGAUACUUCCUUUGCUCUGUAGGGGGCAACAAUGAGGUGUAAACAUUGCAAAGAAGUGCAGUAGAAGAAGAUGGCUUGCAUUUAAACAUACAUGGCCCUAACAACAAUGAAAAUUUUAUUUUUUCACAGCAACUGGACUACAAAACCUGCAUAUGCCGGACAUGGAGUGGGUAAACUGAUGUUUAGUUUGUCCACAGUAAAAAACUGUUUCAAAGGAAUAUAACCUGCAUAGGCACUUUCGGAUGAAACGUCAAGACUUUGAUGCAGUCCAUCUGCUCACACACACAAAUUCAAAACUGAAAGACAGCUAUGAAGGCGGAUUAUUGUCUCUUGGCCUUGCUUUGUGAUGCAACUGUUUUUUGCACUUUUAAUUUUGUUGAAAUACUGCUACUUAUUUUUAUUUGAUACACUUAUACUGCGGUGAUGCAACUUAGUUUUGUUAAAUGCACUUUUGCUGUUAUACUAAAACAGCUUUGUUAAAAACACAGAGUUCAAUGUUUGUGGAAUGCUAUGUUUGAAAGUCAUAUCACUUAAAAUGUGGUUACUCGGGUUAAUGAACAGCAAAUGUCCGGCCCACGGGCCAGUGUUAUGAUUUGAAUGACACUCUGGGCUGACCGAGGAACCCCCCCACCCCCAGCACAAAUUCACACACCUAAUUAGGUCUUGUCUUUACAAAGACAAAUAUUUUAUUAUGAAAAAACUGUAAGUUAUACAUUGCCACAAAAGAUACACAAUAUAAUAGAAUAUGAACAGAUAUGCAAAAAAAUAAAUACAACACAAAUAUAAUGACAUUCCUUAUUUUUUUUAUUUUCUGCAGUGCACAAAUCCUUCAAAUACAGGCCCUCCUUCCCUCAACCUCAACACACACUUCCAGAACUGUUUUUUUUUUCAAUUAAAAACAAUCAAUCCCUCAUUACGAACCCUUUUGCGGUCCGUACAUCGCUCCCUCACUCUCACGGUUUUUCAAAAAAUAAUUAAUUAAUGCUCACUCUUUUGCAGUUCACUAUGGCCUAAUAGUAAAAAAAAAAUAUUGAAAGCCAAUAUGUAGUAUAAUACACUGGUCACUAGACCAGUGUAUGAUCUCUUACAUUGCAGAGACAUUGCCUUACAUUACAUUAGCUUAACUUGCACUGCAUGGAGUCAGCCAUGGAUGCAGAGUGAAAGACAGUUCUCCCAUUCCAUGUGGAAGUGGUACGUUUUUUGCUUUUCACUUUGUCCUUCUUCCCCACUAAAUUUCAAACCCUUUCUUAUAAAGUAAAUUAAUUGGAAUCCAGUUAGCUUGGUAGCUUGCUACACUUAAAAGCGGCAGCUGUCUCUUCUGUCCUUGCAGUGAUCCAGUAGCCUGCGCGUAAGACUUGCACAAUGUGGUGUAAAGUAACAUCAUAGUGAGGAUGGACAGUAGAAUGACGUGCCCACAUUAUGUUCGACAUACUACAACAACAAGGAACUUUCCCAAUGCUAACGUGUGAGCUAUUAUGUAUUAUUCAUUAUCUGUCCCCUAUAUUAGGUAAUAUGUGUGUAACGGUGGCUCUAAUAAUGGUAAAACUGUAUUUAGAAGGUCAUAAACAGGUUUUCUAUGCUCCAACUACGAAAUAUUUCUAAAUAUUCAAGUUUAUUAAUAUUGAAUGCUACUUUGCGGAAAAUCACUUAUCACGUCUGGGUCUGGAGCCAGUUUAACCGCGAUAUACGACAGCCAUACAUGUAUGCACAGUCAUACAUUAAAAAAGGCACUGUAAGAACAAAUAUAAUACAAUAACUAUAAAUAAGCAUCUCUGAGGACACAAACAAACUUCUUGGGAUAUUUUCUCCACUAACUAGUGUUUUUGAAGUAUUUGUGAUGGCAGCAUCUUCCAUUACCCUCAUUAGUUGGAAAAACAAAGUUAGGUGGUACUUUACUCGGUCCUCUGUCAACCAGAAACAUUGUAAUUGUGUCCAUCAGAAAUGAACGGCAGUGAGGCGUCUGUUUACAUAUGUCUGUUAUGAUCUUAGCUGGUUGUAUUUUAGUAGCAGCAGUGGUUAUUUGGUAGCGUGGUGACGAGACGUGCGUCCUUGUCGAUUUGUGUCACCUACCGCUACUGUGUGUGCAAAAACAGCAGUUUUUAGUGUUGUAAUUGUCCAAAUAUGUGUCCCUUUUGAAAGAGUGUAGUGUCUUUGGACCAAAUAACCCAUUAUUAAUGCAUUUUGUCAUUUAAUAUACAUGUUUUACACUACAUCCUAUUAAAUGAUGACAUUUAUGAUGUAUGGUGAUGUGACCAUGUCGAAAAUCGCCAUCUUUGAAUGAAAAGGUAGCUAUUUUU